UCGCCAGUUUAGUUACCGCACCACAUAAGGCAUUGCGUUGUAGACACAGUUACCCGCAAUAUUAUUACCUUUAUUAAUUAAUUAAUCAAUCAAUCCGUUCUGUCGUUUGUUGAACCUACUCCUCCAUACUUAUCAACACAUGUAUACACAUAUCUCCAUAUAUAUAUGUAUACAUUGCAACCGGGAUUAGAAUAACCAGAGAUGCAAGCAACGUUCCCGUCGUUCUUUGCUUAGUUUUUGUCGCGAGUUUUAUUGGAAAAUUACGUUCUCCUUGGUCCCUCCAUUCCUCUAGAAUUUUCCUUUCAAUUAAAUACCAAAACAGCAAAAAAAAAUCAUUAUCACCCCGUUAUCUCUCCCCUCCCUGAAGCGAAAACACGCAAAAAGUAUAAUUAUACAUUGAGAGCCGUAUCACGCCGCUCGCGGGUCUGUAUAUUAACAAAAAAAUAAAUUUCUUCUCCUUGUACUUGUCCACGGGAACAAAGAGGAAAGAACAAACCUGAGCCAAAUGUUAUUAUGGUGCUGGCUAUCAAAUAGCUUUAUGAAUUAACAAAACCAUUGGCUCGUCAGAGCAUACGUCAACUGGAAGAUUUUGUGGUGUCUUGUCAAUAAUAUUAACAUGAUUAAUUGAUAUUAAUUUUAUCAGUAUUUCUGAUGAGUUUAACUUUAACAAUCGUUUACGGCGUGAGACGAAGUUGUCAUUAGAUUAUUGUUUCGUUAAUUGAGAGACACCGUUUUUAAAAUAGUAAAUACCCAUCACUGCGUUCCGUUCUACGCUAGUUCAGCAUCCUCCAACCACUGAUUUUCAUCGUUAACCGGGUGUGGCAUUUCGUUGAACGCACAGCGACGACGCCGACUCCGAUGUUGACGGAGGACCCCAGCGCGACCCCGUCGCUGCCACCCCCAUCUCAACCAACAAAGCCCGUUCAAUCCUAAAAAAUAAUGGAACUUGAAAAAAAUAUAAUUCCCAAUUAUUUAUCACCCAGAGCCCGUAGAAACUCCGAAGAUACUCCAGCACUCAUCAAAAAUUUGACGAUAAUGUACAUGACUAAAAAAAUAAUCCCACCAAAGAUGAAAAGCCGUUGUACGACGGUUCAUCGGAGUCGGCAUAAUCUCCUCUCCCCGUUAUCCUAUCCUAAAUAUCCCCAAAGUAUUGUCUCAAUGGCAAUGGUGGGUAUGCCGGGGUGCGAGGGAUCGAGAGAAAAAUGUAAAAAAAAAAGUUGAAAGAAAAAUGAAAAAAAGGAAACAAAAAUACUGACAUUUCGUACGUAGUUAGACGAAGAUUGUCAAAACUAGUGCAAUGAUGGCGAACGGAAUGGAUACGGUUGUGCAACAGAAUGGCGGCUCAAAUAUUGGCCAAACCUCCCAGGAGGAGUCAAAGACGAAUCUCAUCGUCAAUUAUCUGCCACAAACCAUGACCCAGGAGGAGAUACGCUCGCUAUUUUCGAGUAUUGGAGAGGUCGAGAGCUGCAAGCUCAUUCGUGACAAAGUAACUGAGGUCACCACAGCUUUGUCGGUUGCCGGAGAUUCGUUAUCCCCGGGGCAAUUUUCUUUUGGCCAAAGUCUUGGCUACGGUUUCGUGAACUACCAUCGACCUGAGGAUGCUGAGAAAGCUAUCAACACCCUCAAUGGUCUUCGGCUACAGAAUAAGACGAUUAAGGUUUCCUAUGCAAGACCCAGUAGUGAAGCGAUAAAGGGAGCCAAUCUCUACGUCAGUGGUUUGCCAAAGAACAUGACACAACAGGACCUUGAAAAUCUUUUCAGCCCAUACGGAAGGAUCAUUACGUCACGAAUCCUGUGUGACAACAUCACGGUACGACAGUUUGUGACUGGCGGCGGAGACAAUUUGCCCGGACUGUCAAAAGGUGUCGGAUUCAUUCGAUUCGAUCAACGUGUGGAAGCUGAACGUGCCAUCCAGGAGCUGAAUGGAACCAUACCGAAGGGCUCGUCUGAACCAAUCACCGUCAAGUUUGCCAACAACCCGAGCAACAACAACAAGGCGAUACCACCGAUAGCAGCAUACUUGACACCACAAGCGAGUCGUCGAUUUGGCGGCCCCAUCCACCAUCCAACCGGCCGCUUCAGGUACAUUCCACUGUCGCCACUAUCCAGCACUGGCAAGGCCAUGCUUGCCAUUAACAAAGGCUUACAGAGGUACAGUCCCUUGGCAGGAGACUUACUUGCAAACUCAAUGCUGCCAGGCAAUGCAAUGAACGGCAGUGGUUGGUGCAUCUUCGUCUACAAUCUUGCACCAGAGACCGAGGAGAAUGUGCUGUGGCAGUUGUUCGGGCCAUUCGGUGCUGUACAAUCGGUGAAAGUUAUUCGUGAUCUCCAGACAAACAAGUGCAAGGGCUUUGGCUUCGUAACAAUGACGAAUUACGAGGAAGCUGUUGUUGCAAUACAGAGUUUGAAUGGCUAUAAUCUCGGCACACGAGUACUUCAGGUCAGCUUCAAGACGAAUAAGAGCAAGGCAGCGUAGGACACGGACGAUCAUCAUACAUCAGCCGCUGUCACGGAUGAUGAUCUGUGGCGGCGUCUUGCCGCUGUUAAAGACUACUGGGACGAAAUGGCUGUUCUUAUAACGGGUAGAAAUCACAGACGAACAGCUGAUCCAGUUACGAGACAACGCCAACAAAUUCAACAAUUGCAAUUUCAUCCGACAACCCAGCAGUAUCAGUAUCAGCAGCAUCGUACAUUUGGAUCAUUGAUGAGUAAACCCGUUGUGGCAGCACAUAAUGCCAAUAAAAGAGUCCAGCAGCAGAUUAUGAAAAUGGAUAAGACGUAGUUUGAUUAAGGGAUACAACAAAAAAAAAUAUGAGUAUUAGGAACGCAUGAUUAUGACGUUGUUUUGGAUGAAUGGGAGGGAGAGAAUGAGGAGCUCGUCGUUAGUGAAAAUUCUCCCUGAUUGAUUGGUAUUUUGAAAUUUGCCAUUCGAUAUUUUCGAGGGAAAGAACAUUUUUUUUUCCUGAGGUUCGAAUGAAUCUUGAUGGGGGGGAGAGGCAAUCAUGAACGAUGAGACGUAUGUUAGUGUGUUAUGAUAAGCGAGACAGGGGUAUUACAAAGAAUGAUAGAUAGAAACAAAGCGUCUAUUUAAUCCUGUGGUUACUUGCUGCCUGCGUAUUUUGUACAUACAUUAUGAUUUAUGUACAUGUACCUAUUGGUAAAACAAAGGAUAAAGGAAUAUCGAGGGCCGAAUAACCAUAGAGUUGGAGAGAUUUUACCAAAAAUAAUUCAGAAGGCUGAGGAUUAUUCACGAGGGAAAAAUAAAAUACUGUGACUCCUCUUGUAACAUACUAGUGUUAUGUUUAGCAGAGGGCAUGUGGGGAGGUUUUUCUCGCCGUUUAUCUACCAUUCUGAUAUAAAUUUGUAAACCUAAAUUUAGAUAAUAUGACGAUUUUAAUGACAUCGAAACUGAAAUUGAAUUGAUUACGUGAAAAAUUGUGUACGGGAUAAUCGGCGGUUUUCCCACAUUCCUUCAGCCAGAACAUGAUAGCCCAGUUAUACAUACUCGUUUAUGUAUAAGUUUUAGAAUAUUGUACUUUAACAUUACUUUAAGAAUGGAAAAUAUGAAAAUAUACAGAGAGCAAAAGAUUGAGUGGAAGACGAGACAAAUCUAGAAAUUGAAAAUGGAAAAAAGUAAUAACUAGAGUCACUCCAUACCGUGGACCAAAAAAUUAUUAAAAUCAAUCAAAUAUUUCUCCAAACUGUACGAAAUGUUUGUUUGAUUGAAAGAAAUUUUUUAGUCAAUAGCUGAUAACGAUUCACGGGUGGUAUUUUACACUCACGAUAUAUGAAAAAUGAGAAAAAACAUUAUGAAUUUAUUAAUUAAGCGAAAUGAACACAAGUUGAGGCAAACGAAAUGAAAUAACUUGAUAUACUGUUAAGAUAUGUUUGGGUCGGGGCUCGCACAUAGAUGAUUUAGGUGAGAAGAACCGAGUGAAAAGUAUUGAGAGAGAAACAGGAUAUCUGAUGGUUAGCCACGCGGCCAAUAAUGUACUUAAUUGUAGUUGAUAUUAAUGAGUACCGUGCAUCGAAGGUCUCGGAGAAAUUAUUUGAUAAAUAAUGUUCGAAGACAAGUCGUAUUGCAAUUGAGAUGAAGCAGAAUGAACGCGAAAUAGUUUAAUGGCCGUCGAUAGUACGACAAUGUGAUACCAAAACUGAGAGGGACACAACACUUACACGAAGAAGCGCACCGGUAGCAACACACGAUUAUUUUACGUUGAGAUAUUCUCUUUCUUUGUGUAUAUCAUUGUCUGCGUGUUAGUCAUAUUAGCUUCGAAAGGUAUCUCAUUCUUGCCCCAAAAAAAAGAUGCAUUGAAAUUUCGAAGGUCUUGGAAUAAGAGUCUUUGAAAGACUUGAAUUAAGUGUUUAAAAAAACCUAAUGGAAGAUUUGAAAGGCCCAUUGUGGAGAAGUGUGAGGUAAAAUGGAGGCUUAGCUUUUUUUGAAUGUUCAUAACUCAGAAGCAAUUAGAUAAUUAAAAAAAGAGUUUUUACAAAAAUAUUCAUGACUUAUCGAGAUGUGAAUGAAGUUACAAGUGUCUAUUUUUCCACACAUGCUCCUAAUCUCGAUUUUUUUUGGUGCAGGAUGCUACUUAGAGUGCAUUUAAAUGUAGAACGCAGGGAUUGAGAGAAAAAAAAUUAAACUAUUUAGGCGAUCACAACGAUCGAGUCAAUCUACUGAAAGAAACACUAGCGAGAGAUACUCGAGCUGCUGCUUCAGUCGAUAAGCUGAAAUCUUUUUAGUAGUAAAUUAUUUUAGCGAUUCUGUCAUAUUUAUAAAAGUUUAUUAAUGCGAGUAAUAUAUACCUAUGUAUUAGAGUGUACAUUCGAACCAAUGAAUUUAAGACGACCGCUCUAACGUCCGAUUGAUAAAAUUCUUUUUUUCAAUUAAUGAUUCUUACACAGAAUAGUUUAUGAACCUAAUCUGACGUUACUUUAUGCAAUUGAUCGUAUCGAUCGGAACAAUUUAUAUACUAGUUAACAGUGGGGUUACUAUGAUAAAAACAACUUCCCUUUGAUCAUACCGAUACAUACCCUUUCAGAUGAUGAUUACUUGAAAGAUAUUCGAUGGGUGGUGGUAGUAGUAGUUAUUGAGUUGACUCGAUCGCGGUGACGAUCCCAUUACCAUAAGAAGCAAUACCAAAGUCUUAUAUCCCUCGUUUAACGCUGAUAAUGGGACUUGAGGGGAGGCUACUGUGAGUGAACGAGAACGCCACAUGGUGAAGAUCGAUUUUAUCAUCAACUCAUAAUAAUCUUCCCUCAACAAAACAAUAAUAACUAAAUGUCUUAUAUCCCUCGUUGAACGCUGAUGAUGAAACUUAACAAUGGUGAAUAUUGGAUAGUAUGGAUUAGUGUUGAAAAAAAAAUUGGAAAAGUUACCUCUAGUCCACGUUCAGUAUGAUGAGCUCACACGAGUCUAUACAAUGAUUAGAAUAGAAUUGCAGGACAAUGAAUAUUUGGGGGUCAAUGUCGACGAACAUCCCGACAUUAAUUGACAGUAUGAAAUGAGCAAAGCAGAGUUAAGUGUAUUUUAUAACGUGAGAUAUUGUAUAUCGUGUCCUAUUUAUGUGUACCUCUAUGUGUCUAGUCCUCGAGGAACGGAUCAGCUCCGCCUCGGCUUAAAGAAAAAUAACGAGAGAGAGAGCGAGAUGAGAAUUUUUUUUUGUUUUCUUUCUUGAACGUGAGUAUCCAUAAAGUAAUAAUUCGUACUAAUCAACUAUCCAAAAAAAAACGAAAAUACUUCUCUUAUGAAUUUUAAUUUAUUGCAGCGUCCAUUAUAUCCAUUUAUCGUCGGUGUUGUUGCGUGACUAGCGUGUAGGGUAUUAUCCCCUUUUUAUUUUUUUUUCUCCGUUUAUUAUUUCAAAUCUUUUACAUUUUUUUUUCCUUUCAUUUUAUCCACCAAAAAUGGUCGAGUGAAAUAGUGUAUUAACGGCAGUUUUAUUGUGAAAAUAAAUCAAGCCAAUACACUGUUCAUGGUCAAUUUUGGCACAGUAUCUAUAUAAUUACAAUUACUCUUAUUACUAUGACAUAAUUCAGUGUCAUUCACCAUUUUUCGCCUACUGAUUAUUAUGAUUAUUAUAGUAUAAUUAUUCGUCGCCAUCAUUUAUAUUACUUUUUAUGUCUAUCUUUCGUCUUAUAAUUUAGUUCAUAACACAUUAGUUAAACUUAGCAUCGCUUUACUCACACAUCUAACAAGUUUUACACGAUAAAUGCAUUUGACAAAAUAUGAUUAUGAAGCAACAAAAAAAUAUAUAGUCAACAUGAUACAUGCAUAGUCCCAACAGAGUUCAGUGCAUAAUAUAUACAGUCAUCACUAAAACAAAAAAAAAAGCCAAACAAAACGAUAAUCUGACUAAAAUGAUUAACAAUGAUGAAAAUUACGCUCGCCAUAAUUACUUUCUCACCAUCACGUAACUACUUACUGCUACUACGCUACUACUACCACCACCGAUUAUUUAUUUAUUUAUUUAAUUAUUAUAACAUAACAAAAAAAAUUAUGUUUUAUUUGAGGAUUAAACUGAUUUGUGUUUGGUUCAAUGGUCGUUGGUUUCUUUUAAUUUUAUUUGUCUUCAGUUAUAAUUUCCCAAAUUUUCCUACCUCACCCCCUCUCGUCCCUAACAUCAUUUCCACAAUUUUUCCUCGACAUCGCGUCCCUCGUUGUUUUAUUAUCUCACACAGCAAAUGCGUACACUCGACGUGCCUGGAGCAGGUGAAUAACGCACAUGUAGAACAUAACUCAUUUAAGAUGAACAUGGAAGCAUGAAUGUGAUAAAAAUUUAUGAUUGAAGAUCUCGUUAGAUUAAUAGUUAAAGAAUGUCCAAGUGAAAUUUGUAUAGGAAGACGUGAGCGCACAAGACGAAAGAUUUAGAGUUAUUGAUCUCCUUUCCAAUGACGUCUUUCGAUUAACUCAUGUAUUUUCUCGUCUCGAUAGAGCCUUCAACUUGACACUAAUCGUUCUUCCUUAAAAAUGAUAAUUAAAGACGAUUGAAGGACGAGAUGGGAGACUACGAUUUUUGAUAUAUUAUUUCAAAUUAUCGUUUGAUGAAUUUAAUUUUGAGAUGUUCGUUGGAUAAGGAGACUAGACAGAGUGUGAGCCCGGACCCUUGGAAAGCCCUACGCACACAUAGACACACACACACAUAUGACAAUUCAUUUGUACAUUCAACACCACAUUGACAUGUUAUACUGACAGAAAUAAACUUAUCACACAGAAGUAAUGAAUUUCGCAAGAUCAACGCGCUCGCAGCUGAACGAUUUUUCAACGUGCAACAUGGAAUUUUUCCCAGCCAUGUGUUAAAAAAAUAAAACAUUGAAGACAGGGCAACAACGAGCUAACAAAGCGCAAAAACAAUUUUUAAAAUCAGUGAUGAUGGAAUAAAAGACGAAAUAAAUCAAGUUAGAGUCACGCUAAUCUACUUAAUUAAUCUAUAAUAUUACAUCUGAUUAUUACGUUAGAUAUACAUUAUUAUGUGUAUUGUAUUUAUGUCUCCAAUAAUCGUUGUUAGUUGUAUCGCUACGAUUAUUAUGUCGGUUAUUCGUACAAAAAAAAAAGAGAUAAACAAUCGAAUCCUCACGAUGAUAUUCGACUGAGUUUUUCGGACAGUUGUGCGCGUUUUUCUUUCCGAGUGUUAACAAUCGUUAGGGAAUGCCACGGUAACAUCAGUAUCGCAGUGCAGGGCGAGGAUUUAUUUAUUAUUUUUUUAAACAAUGAUACGAUAAACUCAGUUUGAAGGAAAAAUGAAAAAAUAGAAAUCCGUGAUUGCAGGAAGUAACGAUGAAAGAACUUACGAGUUAUCAAAUGAGGCGUGAACACGGGUUUUAGCUUAUUUGUCUAAGCGCUAUGAUAUUACAUUUAUUGAUUAUUAUAUUAACCAUUAGACUCGUUGUAUUAUUGUACUACUACUAGUACUCGUGCUACACAAUUACGGAGGGAGUGAAAAAAGUCGAGAAAAAAAAAUAGUAGAGACGUGGAGGAGACAUACACACCAUGUUUUUUUUUCUUCUUUUUUUCGUCGACCGGGCGCUGAGUGAAAGUGACAAAUCUUGCACUAAUUAAUUCAGAUGAUGAAAGAUUAAACGAAAUAGAUACUAUUAUACGAAAAAAAUAAUAAUUGGGAUGCCCCGUGUGGUCUUCAAGGGGCUGGAGGGUACGUGGAGGUUGUUUUCAAAAUUGAAAUUUUGAAUUUAGGCUUUAAAAUAGGGUUGAGGUGAAAAUUGAAAUUAUAUUAAUACAACUAUGGGUAUAUAUUCAAUUUUUGACUUUAUAUGCGAUCGCGAAUAUUUCCUACCUUUUUUGGGGGGAAUGGAAAUGGUGCUGUAGACAGAUUCAUUUUUCCCUUUGGUACAUUGAAUCUACGUCGACGUGAAAAGACAGAAUAAUUCCAAAUACUUGUAAAGAAAAAUGAGAAAACGAUAAUUAAGAGAAUUAAAAAUACGAAAAUGUACGAGAUGAUAAGAGGACGUUAGAUUGAAGCGAGAUCACCACGCGCAAGUGAAUAUAUCUCGUUAACAAGAUUAAAACGGUCAAGUGCGUGACUACGGUUUAUUAUAACUUUUUAUAGUGUGAUGAUGCAAAGCAAUGUUGAGAAUACGAGGUUGAAAUCACGGCAUGACAGCUCUAGCUCACUGUAGGCCUAAUUAAAUGAUGAGAUGUGAAGAAAAAAGGUGAAAAAAAAAUGAUAUACAUAUUGUACUCUAAAUUUAUCAGUGUGAGAGUGACAAGGACGAUAAAAAAUUGCAUUGAAAAGAGCAAUGCAAAAAAUAAAAAUAAAAAUAUAUAAAAACUUAAAAAAUCGCAGAAAGAGGGUGCGAAACUGCGUGAAUGGCUGUAAUUGAAUGAGAUGGUGAGGAGAAGUGAAGAGCGGGGAGAUAUACUUAAAUUAUCGAAAAUUAACUCCGAUGCGAGUCACAACGAUCAACAUACAAACAAUACCCGACAGCAAAACUCUUAUUCCUCAAAACUCAACAGACGAAAACAACAAGAAAACUCAAAAUAAUGAACAUUGAUAGGUUUAAUUGAAGAGAAACGUGAAAAAUAUUCUAUAACCUUCUGUACAUGUUUUAAUUAUUCCAAUUAUUAAUUAUUAUCAUACUUAUAAUGAGCUAUUACUUAAUUAACGGAUGAAUUAAUUGAAUAUCUAUGAAAAAAAACUAUAUUUAAACGAAAAAACGUGGUAGCUAGUCUGUCAAUGGGUGUAUAAAAAAAUAUUUAAUUCCAAUGUAUCCUUAAUAGUUUGACACACGUGCGUCGGGGCGCGACUACGGUUUUUCGGGGCGAUUUUACAGUGAAUAAUUGCGAGAGCAAAAAAAAAUAUAUUGAAAAAUUAAAAGUAAGAGUGAAUGUAAACUCGAAGGCUUCCGGUUAAUCACCCCAAUACGUUAAUGCGACUGUCGCUCCAAGGUCUUCAUUUAAUUUUCCGUGUCGUGAGGGAGUUGAAUGAUUAUUUAAUUUGACGAGGUGAAUCAUACCACUGUAAUACUCGAUACAUUCCGAUUAUAAUAAAACAUUCCUCUGAACAUUCCCACCAUUACCGAGAACAGCAGUUUACAGCGUCAUGAAUAAACGAAACUAAAAUAACUGAUAAUAAUCAUACCAAUAACGAUUGUAUAUAAAGCGUACGGAUUUAUAGGUACAAUUUUGUUUGUUUUAUUGACUCCGCAUGCAAUGCAGGUGUGAAAUUCACUAGCAAGAUUAUUGUAAUUUCAGUAUUAAUACGAAGAAAUGCUCGAAAAUAGGCGAAAUGUGAGGGUACUAUUGGAAAGACGAUAAAUCCACUUGCAUAGAUACAAUAGCUGGUGAAUCAGUGUAAUACUCUUGGGGGUGAGUGAAAAUAUAGGGUAAAGAAAGAGGAAUAAAGUGAAACGGGAGAAAAAUGAGUAACGGAAAAAAAAAUAAAAAAAACAGAUGGCAUAUUACGCGGAUAUAAAACAAAUAUAUUUUGUAAUGGGUUUAUACGUAAGAUUAUUAUUGUGUAAUGAUAAAUUAAUCGUAUUGUGGUAAAAAAAAAACUAUGAACUACGCUGACCAGAAUUUUAAAUAAGUGAUGAAAGACUUUAGGGUGAUAUUGACAUGAAAAAUAAAAAUUUGGCGUAACUUGAACUUCGCUGGACGAAAAAAAAACUAACUCCGUCAUGCGUGCUUUUUCUUUAUAUUUUUCUUUCGUCAUUAUUCCGGUGGCGUGAUCUUCGGCGUUCUUGAUGAAUUGAAUAAGCGGAUUAAAUAGUAAAAUCGUUAAUCGUUGAGAGGAACAUAAACUUGUUAUGAUAAACUUAAUCUGCCGUCUUUACCAACGAAUCCAAUCGCAUAGGCUUCCAAUUGAAAUGAAUAAAAAAAAUAACGCGAUUAGAGAAUCAUGCGUGUGCACAAAUGAUAUUAUAAUUUUAUAAAUCUCCCGCGAAAUAAAUACAGAUUGGCUUUCAUUUCACCAAGAAUGCAAGUGAAGUAAUUGGAUCAAAAGAGGAAAAAAUAAAUAAAUUUUUAUAAUCAGUGAACACUGAUAAAGGAGAAUAAAUCAGUCCCUUAAAGUGAGUUGAGUCAAACAACUAUAAAAUUAAAUGAGUAAUGAGAGUUGGUCCGCACCCCGAAUAUCCCUGGUCACAACCCCUCCGCAGUGUUGAGAUCGAUCUGAGUAUGCCCAUAACAUUGAGAGCAUAAUUUAACGAAUGAAAUACACGAGAAUCAUGAACAUUUUGGACCCAAUGUGGUCAUUGACGGUAAUAACGAGAGCAUAAAGCACAACACGAUGUAGAGUACUGAAGUGUGAUUGAAUAAAGGCUUCCCCUUGCAAUGCGACAAGGACAUCAAAUUCAUCAAGUAAUAGGAAAGUGUUAAUUAUGAGUACAGCAUGCACGAUGUAUUCCUAAUUACGUGCUAGGGUUUAUUUUGAAGAAAAAAAUGCUGAAUGAAGAGGAAUGACUAAUCACUACUCAAUCACAUUGGGCUAUAUCCGUGAAUAAACAAAACGCACACGUCUUUCCGAAAAAUUAAUAAAUUCCUAAACACAAAACGAAGACGUACACAGCAUACAAAAAUUACCAUCAAACAACAGUGACACUGAAACAAACCUUUUAAACUGAAUUAAAACAGAUCAUCACAUUGUUGACAUACAUUGCGAUCCAUGAUUAUUACUAUUUACAAUAUAAUUAUUAUCUUGCAUUGUCUAGUCAUAUGUUAUUAUUGUAUAACUAAUGAUAUUAAUUAUUAAUUAUUAACCUGUACUACCUAGUUGCAUUAUGUGUUGCGUAAAAAAACAAAAGAAAUGAACUGGGAAGAGAAUUCUGAGAGCGCUAGAAAUACGAGAGAGAUUAUUUAAAAUGCAAAAAUCCGAGUUUAGCUGAUGAAAUAGUAAUCGCGCAAAAUUGCACGCGUCUCCAGCCGAUAAUAUUAACAAAAGAUUAAGAAAAUGGGGAUAAAAAUCAUCUGAGUGGAACAGACAGUAUGAAAGAUAGAAUAAUAUGCAGUACUCCAAUCUUGGGACGUGCUCCGCUGAUGAUUCUCAUCAUGUUGUUCUCGUCAUCGCAGUCGAAACUCGAUGUUGUCUUCGGUGAGAAAAAAAAACGGUUAAAAUUGUAAUAGCGAUAAUCCAACAGCGUAAAAUCUUUCAAAUCGACUGCUUUGAUCGCAUGAGAUUGUCAGCGAGCUGUGACUUUUGGAUAAAAAAAAAAUCAUAGUUCAAUAUUGCCACCUUAGCGCGCUCGAAUUCAUCUCCAAUUGACAUUAGUGGUCAUUAUUUUUGACACUCCUUUAUCUCCCCUAUUCUUUCCUUUUUAUUAGUUUUGAUUAAUCGUCUCUUUUAAACGGAAUUAGGACGGAAAAUAAAGUUUAGGAAAUGAAUAAUGAUGGAUAAAUAAAUGAUAAUUGAAAUGAACGGAGAGCACAAAAGGAAGGGAAAAUUGACGAGGAACGAGCGCGCAAAGGGCGAAGUAAGGAGUAUUAAAUAUAUGCGGGGGCCGCGGAGAGGAGGGAACCUCUUCCUUAUAUCGUCCGCAUAGAAAUGAAUUAUAUAUUUAUCAAUGUGACGUCCAACGUGAAUAACAUACGAGCACAAACGGCGCCUAUGGAUCCGUUGAAAAAUUAUCUUCAUUUGAUAAUGAUUUAUCGCGCCGCUAUCUUGGCUAUAACAGUGAUAUCAAUAAUCACUGGUUAAAUCGUUUUAUCUUUUCUUCAAAAUCUUUGUUCUUUCCCAUUCCUCUCAGAAACAACAGAUACAACAAAGUGGAAUGGUAAUUUGCGAUUCACACAAAUGCGAGUCGUCCAUGUGUGAAUAAAAGGAAACAUUAGAGAGAGACUUUAGAUAUGCGUGAUAUAUGGAGAAGAGAAGCACAAAAAAAACUGAAAUCAACAAUAUAGUCCCCGUUUAAAAACACCUUCCUUGUGUAACUGUACUGCAAAUAUCCCUCCCUCCCUCCCUCCCGAGGAGAGCUCACGGGCCCUAUUUGCAAUAUUUGUACUUUUCCAUGUUGAAACCUCGAUAUACAAUAAAUUAUAUUAACAAACUUUCA